GGAAGAGCAACUGGUAUAAUUGUACAGAGUUUGAUGGAUGAGGAAGGGAUUUUAAAAAUAUAUAUAUUCUUAUUAUAAAUAUUCUAAAUUUUCUUUCUCAACAACGUCGGUUUAUUUAAAGGAGUAAACAUGCCUUUAUUUGCGCAGAAUCCAUUCGACCAAGAUGUUGGUAAAUUGAGCACUUUAUUUGGUCAUUUUGAUUCCGAGGGACCUAACCGUUAGCGUUAGCUAGCUAGCUUCUUAGCGAGCGUAGCGGAACCGCUAGCCAGCGAGCUAACAACAACUAGUCUGGCUAUACCACAUACAGAAGGGGAAACCUUAGUUAUACAUAUCUUUGGCUACACUUCUGCAGCUACGUUGACGUUAUAAUCAAAUGUUGUAUUAUUGAAAUAGCUAACUAAUUAGUUAUGUGGUUUGGUAAACUCGGUAACUAGCUAGUAGUCACAGGGUUAACAGACAGUCAUCAGUCAUACUACCUCGCUAGCUAGCUACCACUGUGCUAGCUAGCGAGUAUGUUAGCUAGUUGUUGUGUCAUCAGUGUAUCGUAGCUAAUCAACGAUUUUCAAUAACAAGACAGCCUAAACUGCAACAAGCUCACAUAUUCAAAAAUAAUAACAUGAGCUAUCUAUCUAGUUAGUUAGCUAGCUAGAUAGAUUUAUGAGUUGGAUUAGUUGUAGGUUUACUCAAAGGAAGCUGUUUCAUUGGAUUGCUUGUUUUAUGCUAAUGUUAGAUGCAAAUCACCCUCUCUUUCCAUGAACAGAUUAUCAUAUUUGGAACAGAAGCUCUCUCAUAAUGCCCUUGUACAAUAUUAAUUUCACUUUGUACAAUUAGACCUAACUAGCUAGUCACCGAUGUGUAAUGGCUAUUUCAUAACUAAGAAGAUAUAAGGAAUAACUGACUUUUAACUGCUUUAUUGCUACUCUAAUCAAACAACCUCCAUAAUUGUAGUGACUGUCAAUCCUAUGAAAAUGCUCGAACUAUCUAAAGCAACGAUAAUUGGGACAGUACAUGCCGAACCACAGAUUAUCUUCUCUCAACUAACCACAUGUAUCCCGGUGUACCACAUUUUCAGAGAAAGCCACCAAUGAAACCAAUACAGUGGAGGACUGGGCCCUGAUCAUGGAUAUCUGUGACAGGGUUGGACAUACACCCAAUGGGUAAGCUGGAAUGAGACUUCCUGUUUCUAAAAUAACUUAAAAUGUUUACUUGGACCAGAGCACUAGCUGCAUUUCCUGCUGAAAACAAUUGGCUCAUUUCUAAGUACUUCCAAGCAAUGUUCCCUGUAAUAUUUUUCAGCACUGAGCAAAUCUCAGGUCUGCUGAGCGCAAACCUUGUGAAAUUUCUGUGCAACUUUCGGUGCACAUUUACUGUGAAUACUGAUGCUGUACCAGAUUUAAUUUACUGUUUUAACAGUGGCCAAGUAGGCUACUGUGGCAAAAAAAGAAGGAAGAGAAAUGCUGCUAAGGUACACAAUAGUAGAUUUUGGUAGACAGAAGGUGCUCUUUGGUAAAAGGGGUAAAUUGGUCAUCAAAAAGAAAGGAAGACCAAGGCACUCUUCAUAUAAUUAAUUAAAAUGCCUUUAUUUGUAUGGCAUGUUCAAUGGAAACAAAGUUUUAAAAACUCUGACGCAUUUCGGCUGCAUGGCCUUCAUCAGGGAGUACAAAGAUAUGAUAAUACAAUGUCCUCUUUUGAACAGCUUUUUGCAAUCAACCCUGAUUUGAAGAGGGAGUGGUUACAGAAUUCAUUGGACAACAGUAAAUUAAAUACUGUACCCGCUUUAAUUUAUUGUUUUAAGAGUGGUCAAGUAGGCUACUAUGGCUAUUUGAUCAUAAUGUAGGCCUACCAGAGUGGCCUACCAUAAAAAACAAUGGGGAAAAUGCAUCACAUAACAUUUUAACAUGGAAAUAGCGGUUCUAUCAUUCAGCCUGCAGUAGCAGCCAAUGUGUGGUGUUCAAUGUAGGCCUACAUUCCAUGAGACUUUUGAAAAAAACAUGCAGUGCUUGAUAUUAACCUGUUUAUCCACUUGUCCUUCAGACAAGUAGAUGACUGAACAUUUUGUUGUGUUUAAUGCAAGAAACCAUUUUACAAAAUCUAAUUCAUUAUUAUUCCCAAACCAUUAUUGCAGAGAAUCAGACAAAUUAUGCUACCCUCUGCCUAUUGGCUACUUAGCUUAUUCAAGCCUGUCUCAAAAUACACACUGCCCCUUUAAGACAUAAAAAAAAGCUCUUUACCUGACUCGCUUUUCAAAGAUGGCUAGAAAUGUACACGUUUUAUGCUCUUGUAGGAAGCAAUCACUCCCCCAUUGCUGACUACAAAUGAGCUAUAACUGGGCUAAUAACUCACUAACUAGCAAAGAAUAUGAACAAAUGUGCACAUGUGGCAAUAUGCAGCUCUUGCUUUGAUCUCAAAACAAGCGCAUAAUAAUCGCGACCGCUCAUGCUGUAAAAGUGAACGGCACAAAUCCAUAUAGCGCAAUGGUCUAUUUGCAUAUAGGCCUACUGCAGCUCUGAUUGGUUAUGGCGCACCGGCCUGUGUAGAGUACGGCUGAGUCAUGCCUGUCAAUGCAAUAGAAUCCUACUCCGAUGCGUUCUGCCUACAACAAGUCUUUCAUAGUUUGCUUUGUUUUGGUAUGUUGCAUUGAAAGUGGCUAAUAUUGCAUUGAUUCGAUCACAAUUCCCACAGUAAAGGGAAACGUUAAGUGUUAACGUGGAAAACUCUAGAAAGUUGAGCGUUGUUCAAUCUCGUGCUUCUCUUAUAGGGAACAUUGCUUCCAAGUAUUUGUAAUAUGUGCAACUAUAAGCUCAUAAUAGUGUAACCGCAGGACUCCAGGAAGGUUGGAGGGGAGUGGGGUAUUUAAAAAUAUAUAUUUAGACAGCAGUGGGUAGAAUUGCAAUUAAUAAGUGUAUAUUGAAGAUGGUAUACUUUAGAAAACUCAUGUUGGAAUAACCACCUACUUGUGUGCCAUAUUAAUCGUAUGUCUCUACCUACCUGUCUCCCAGAGCUAAGGACUGCCUGAGGUCUGUGAUGAAGAGAGUCAACCACAAGGUCCCACAUGUUGCCAUGCAGGCCCUCACCGUGAGUCACUUUGUUAUUGUGUUAUUCAAGACAAAAACAAUAUAUUAUUCGCUAGACUGUUGGAAAACCCAGCGGGUUUCCUUACUGUAUAACUGUUGUAUAAAUAUAUUGGAAAAGGUGUAAGCCUAGUACAAGGUCAGGUUUUUCACUCCCUGGUGUCAGGCCCUAGAGCUUGUUGAGUGACUGGGAUCAUAGGCACAGGUAAUAUGAGUCAUGAAUCCUGCUAUAGGAUGGACAACAGAGUUUGAACAAUGUGCUGGAAGAAAUUCUGAGUGUGAAUUUCUUUAUACACUGUGGCUGGUGGAUCAAAAACUCUGACUGUUGCCCUAAGCCUCAAUGACACUCCAGUCUGAUGUAAUUUUACAUUUUGUCAUUUAGCAGACGCUCUUAUCCAGAGCGACUUACAGUUAGUGAGUACAUAAAUUUUUUCAUACUGGCCCCCCGUGGGAAUAAUAAAGUAUUUGGGAAGCGUGGUCCAUCUCCUGCUGCUCUUGGCGGUUCUAGAGCUCUGAGCUCGUAACUCAGUCUCCUCGCUGUGGGCCCUGGAAAGGUUUUUACUGUUUUGAUCUUACAUUUACAUUUUAGUCAUUUAGCAGACGCUCUUAACCAGAGCGACUUACAGGAGCAAUUAGGGUUAAGUGCCUUGCUCAAGGGCACAUUAACGUCAUUUAGCAGACGCUCUUAGCCAGAGCGACUCACAAAUUGGUGCGUUCACCCUAUAGCCAGUGGGAUAACCACUUUACAAUUUGGGGGGGGGGGGGGGUUAGAAGGAAUACUUUAGCCUAUCCCAGGUAUUCCUUAAAGAGGUGGGGUUUCAAAUGUCUCCGGAAGGUGGUGAGUGACUCCGCUGUCCUGGCGUCGUGAGGGAGCUUGUUCCACCAUUGGGGUGCCAGAGCAGCGAACAGUUUUGACUGGGCUGAGCGGGAGCUGUGCUUCCGCAGAGGAAGGGGAGCCAGCAGGCCAGAGGUGGAUGAACGCAAUGUCCUCGUUUGGGUGUAGGGACUGAUCAGAGCCUGAAGUUACAGGGGUGCCGUUCCCCUCACUGCUCCAAAGGCAAGCACCAUGGUCUUGUAGCGGAUGCGAGCUUCAAUUGGAAGCCAGUGGAGUGUGCGGAGGAGGGGGGUGACGUGAGAGAACUUGGGAAGGUUGAACACCAGACGGGCUGCGGCAUUCUGGAUGAGUUGUAGGGGUUUAAUGGCACAGGCAGGGAGCCCAGCCAACAGCGAGUUGCAGUAGUCCAGACGGGAGAUGACAAGUGCCUGGACCAGGACCUGCGCCGCUUCCUGUGUAAGGCAGGGUCGUACUCUCCGAAUGUUGUAGAGCAUGAACCUGCAGGAGCGGGUCACCGCCUUGAUGUUGGCGGAGAACGACAGGGUGUUGUCCAGGGUCACGCCUAGGCUCUUCGCACUCUGGGAGGAGGACACAGCGGAGUUGUCUACCGUGAUGGCGAGAUCAUGGAACGGGCAGUCCUUCCCCGGGAGGAAGAGCAGCUCCGUCUUGCCAGGGUUCAGCUUGAGGUGGUGAUCCGUCAUCCAUACUGAUAUGUCUGCCAGACAUGCAGAGAUGCGAUUCGCCACCUGGUUAUCAGAAGGGGGAAAGGAGAAGAUUAGUUGUGUAUCGUCAGCGUAGCAAUGAUAGGAAAGGCCAUGUGAGGAUAUGACAGAGCCAAGUGACUUGGUGUAUAGGGAGAAAAGGAGAGGGCCCAGAACCGAUCCCUGGGGGACACCAGUGGUGAGAGCACGUGGUGCGGAGACAGCUUCCCGCCACGCCACUUGGUAGGAGCGACCGGUCAGGUAGGACGCAAUCCAGGAGUGAGCCGCUCCGGAGAUGCCCAUUUCGGAGAGGGUGGAGAGGAGGAUCUGAUGGUUCACAGUAUCAAAGGCAGCAGACAGGUCUAGAAGGACAAGAGCAGAGGAGAGAGAGUUAGCUUUAGCAGUGCGGAGAGUCUCUGUGACACAGAGAAGAGCAGUCUCAGUUGAAUGACCAGUCCUGAAACCUGAUUGGUUUGGAUCAAGAAGGUCAUUCUGAGAGAGAUAGCAAGAGAGUUGGCUAAAGACGGCACGCUCAAUAGUUUUGGAAAGAAAAGAAAGAAGGGAUACUGGUCUGUAGUUGUUGACAUCAGUGGGGUCGAGUGUUGGUUUUUUGAGAAGGGGAGUAACUCUCGCUCUCUUGAAGACGGAAGGGACAUGGCCAGCGGUCAAGGAUGAGUUGAUCAGCGAGGUGAGGUAGGGGAGAAGGUCACCGGAGAUGGUCUGGAGAAGGGAGGAGGGGAUGGGGUCAAGUGGGCAGGUUGUUGGGCGGCCUGCAGUCACAAGUCGCAGGAUCUUAUCUGGAGAGAGAGGGGAGAAAGAAGUCAAAGCAUAGGGUAGGGCAGUGUGAGCAGGACCAGCAGUGUCAUUAGACUUAACAAACAAGGAUCGGAUGUCGUCAACCUUCUUUUCAAAGUGGUUGACGAAGUCAUCCACAGAGAGAGAGGAGGGGGGGGGGGGGGGGGGGGAGGGAGGAUUCAGGAGGGAGGAAAAUGUGGCAAAGAGCUUCCUAGGGUUAGAGGCAGAUGCUUGGAAUUUAGAGUGGUAGAAGGUGGCCUUAGCAGCAGAAACAGAUGAAGAAAAUGUAGAGAGGAGGGAGUGAAAAGAUGCCAGGUCGGCAGGGAAUUUAGUUUUCUUCCAUUUCCGCUCCGCUGCCCGGAGCUCUGUUCUGUGAGCUCGCAAUGAGUCAUCAAGCCACGGAGCUGGAGGGGAGGACCGAGCCGGCCGGGAGGAUAGGGGACACAGAGAGUCAAAGGAUGCAGAAAGGGAGGAGAGGAGGGUUGAGGAGGCAGAAUCAGGAGAUUGGAGGGAGAAGGAUUGAGCAGAGGGAAGAGAUGAUAGGAUGGAAGAGGAGAGAGUAGUGGGAGAGAGAGAGCGAAGGUUGCGGCGGCGCAUUACCAUCUGUGUAGGGGCAGAGUGAGUAGUGUGGGAGGAGAGUGAGAGAGAAAAGGAAACAAAGUAGUGGUCGGAGACUUGGAGGGGAGUUGCAGUGAGAUUAGUAGAGGAGCAGCAUCUAGUGAAGAUGAGGUCAAGCGUAUUGCCUGCCUUGUGAGUAGGGGGGGACGGUGAGAGGGUGAGGUCAAAAGAGGAGAGGAGUGGAAAGAAGGAGGCAGAGAGAAAUGAGUCAAAUGUGGACAUAGGGAGGUUGAAAUCCCCCAAAACUGUGAGGGGUGAGCCAUCCUCAGGGAAGGAACUUAUCAAGGCGUCAAGCUCAUUGAUGAACUCUCCAAGGGAACCUGGAGGGCGAUAGAUGACAAGGAUAUUAAGCUUAAAUGGGCUAGUGACUGUGACAGCAUGGAAUUCAAAUGAGGAGAUAGACAGAUGGGUUAGGGGAAAAAUUGAGAAUGUCCACUUGGGAGAGAUGAGGAUUCCUGUACCACCACCCCUCUGACCAGAUGCUCUCGGGGUAUGCGAGAACACAUGGUCAGACGAGGAGAGAGCAGUAGGAGUAGCGGUGUUUUCAGUGGUGAUCCAUGUUUCCGUCAGCGCCAGGAAGUCGAGGGACUGGAGGUUGGCAUAGGCUGGGAUGAAGUCAGCUUUGUUGGCAGCAGAACGGCAGUUCCAGAGGCUGCCUGCGACCUGGAACUCCACGUGGGUGGUGCGUGCAGGGACCACCAGAUUGGAGAGGCAGCAGCCACGCGGUGUGGUGCGUUUGUGUAGCCUGUGCAGAGAGGAGAGAACAGGGAUAGGCAGAGGCAUAGUUGACAGGCUGUAGCAAAUGGCUACAAAAAUGCAGAGGAGAUCGGAAUGAAAUGGGCUAAGCAUCUGGGAGCGGAGAGAGCAGGGCCUCCCUCACCAAAACUUCUACCUCGGAAACUAAAAUUGUUUCACUGAACCACCCGAAGAAAAAACUCUCCCAACUUCCGCCUUUGGAAAUCAGAAUUGUUGUGAACCACAGCGGUUCAAUGUUUAAAGGAAUAGACUCAACCCACUGCUUCUCAGUGUUGUUAUGGAGUGAUGAUGCUCAACGUCAGACCAUGUGAUCUUUCUCUCUAUGACUCACCAUCAGUGUAGAUGGUCACAUGGCUGUUCUAUUUUUAGAUGUGUCUCUCUUUAUCUCUCUCUCUCUCUCUUUUUAAAAAAUAUUUUUCUCUCUCUUUUUAUCUUCUCACUCAGUCAACUUUAGCCCCUCCUGGCAUAAAAACAUGCAUAAUUUCACUGGUGUCAUAUCUAUUCAUGUGUCAAUUAUUCAACUUUGGUGUGGAUGUGAAUCAAAGCGUUUCUCUUGUUUUACUGUAAUGCCUCAACAUAGAUCAUCCAGGCUGACUACUGCACUAACCUGGCUUUUCUCCCUCUUUCAGUUGCUGGCUGCCUGUGUCAAUAACAGUGGAAGAAUCUUUCACUUAGAAAUCUGCUCGCGGGAGUUUGCCACUGAAGUCCGAACUGUAUUGAGCAGGGUACGGAAGCUGUCCAAGGUUUUCUGUUGAAAUAUUUGUGGUGAAUUGCUGAUGUUCAGACACGUGAUGAUAACAAUUGUCUGGCUCUAUCAAGCUCUUUGUGUCAAUGUUUUGAUUGGUUUUGCCUCUAUCAAAUAAAUAAGUAGCCUAAUAAUAAUUACUAUUAUCCCCGCAGGCCCACCCCAAGGUGUGUGACAAGCUGAAGGGGAUGAUGGUGGAAUGGUGUGAUGAGUUCCAGAAAGAUCCACAGCUCAGUCUGGUCAGUGCCACCAUUAAGUGUCUGAGAGAGGAGGGGGUCGUCUUCCCAUCUUCUGGCUCACAGGUAAAGUAAUCAACUGCCUGGCGUCCAUCCCCCUAACCCAGUGUUGCCGCUACCAUUGUAUAGGCCGGGGACAGUCAGCCCUUCCUAUAACUCUGUCGCCCCCACCUAAAAGAGUUAGGCUUUUAUUUGUUUUAAUUUACAAUUUUGGUGCCAGAGGGCCUGGAUGUUGCUUUGUUCUUUGACGGCCUAUGCGCUGCAACUGGAAAAUAGAGCCAUUUGACCCACCACAUUUUUUUACCAUAAUGUAUCAGUACUCUCCCCUUUUAUUGCAGCUGUCGCCAGACUCCUCAACAAAACUAAAACAACUGUUAUCGGCUAGCUCAAACACACAGUUCUCCUCAUGACCUCCACCUGUGGUCCACUGUAACAAAUAAACUCUGUGUGUGUACUUUCACUGGCUCCGCUGUUGUGCAGUCUGCCUGUGUCCUCGGUGCACUUCCUCGCCCAUGUGUUGCCAAUAAAGAGAAGGAGGGUGGAGCUUGUGUGUGUGUUUUUAAGCCGUGAGCUCCGAAUUGAAUUUCCUCUCUCAUGUUUGAUGUAAUAAUACCCCAGUUCUACCUAUAAGGGGGAUUAGAAUUCCUGCUGUGAUUGAGGGACAGUCUGGUGCUUAUUUGUUUAGCCUACUUUCUAGCUGAAAUGGUCGGCUGAGUGUCCUGUUGUUAAUAAGUGACACUGAAGCGUUUGCUACUGAAACUGGAGUUUGCCCAACCCCUCUCACAGACAGCAGUUUAUUCUUCAUAGAAUGUCACGAUUUUCUGGUUGUUGGGCUAUAUUUGUAAGCAUAUGAAGUGAUGUUAUUUUUUAUUUUAGGACCUCUUUUACUCAUAUUCUGUUUACUACCACAAUACUACCUUUAAAGCCUGUAGUACCUAUUAAUCCCUACAGGUGGCAUCACAGUCACAGAUAAUCCAAAUCCCCAUUUGUUCUGGAAGGCUUUCUCUCUCUAUAACCAACCACCUCUUAUCACCUGUGUCAACAGGGGUCCAGCCUAAAGGUCACCACACCUGCUGUUAGUAAACCAUCUGACGAUGAAGACCUUGCCAAAGGUACAGAUCAUAUCCAACAGAUUCUAGAACACCACAUCAGAUUACAUUAUGAACUGUGGAUGAAUGAAUAAAUACAUUAUUAGAGACAUUAAAAACAUUUUAGAAUGACACAAAAAAAGUGUAGAACGUAUUUCCAUUGUUGUCCUGAUGAUAGUACGUGUUUUGGCCCUCAUGCCUUUGUCCUCCUAUCUGCAGCUAUUGAGCUGUCUCUGCAGGAGCAGAAGCAGCAUGCUGAGACGCGGCCCCUCACCAUGACCGCCGACCCCCCUUUCAACACCAACGGGGGCGGGGGUAGCAGGGACUCCCGGAAGGUGCGGGCGCUCUAUGACUUCGAGGCGGCCGAAGACAACGAGCUCACCUUCAAGACCGGGGAGCUCAUCCUAGUCCUGGAUGACAGGUAGCUAACGACAUGUUGCUAUGGAAACCCGAGUCUGACCUAUAUGAUGACCUUUUGUAUAGGCCAAUGUGGAAACAACACUUCAACUUAAUUGUCUUCAGUCAUAUAUCUAUCUAGUGCCAACCUUCUCAGGUUCUGCAGUCCUUCUGUAAAUUUAUGUAAACAACGGGAAUGGUUUGCUUACUAGAAUGUUUGAACUGAUGACACCAUGUUGCUGUCACAGUGAUUCAAACUGGUGGAAAGGAGAGAACCACAGAGGAUUAGGUCUCUUCCCAUCCAACUUUGUCACGACCAACCUCAAUGCUGAGCCUGAACUAGGUAGGUUCUUCCCCUUAUCCUGUACCAUACCUCACUCUCUUGUACCCUCAUACCUCGGUCUCAUCCUGAGGCAGGGAAAGUCAUUCUAGUGUUUGGUUUCAUGUUUGAAAUCCUGACUUUAAAGUGGCUCUGGAUAAGUGUGUCGCUAAAUGUCAAAUGUAAAUCCCUCUCCUUACAGUAACAUAUGUGGAGAAGACACCAGCCCCGGAGGAGCCCAGCAUAGAAGCCACAGUGGAGCCUGAGCCUGUCUUUAUAGAUGAGGUGGGUUCUUCUAUGUACUGGACCUACUGUAUCGGUGCUUCCCAAACCACUCGCUCUGAGGGCCCUCCAUUGUCACGUGUUGCUGACGAAACUCAGAGGGUGACUUCCAGAGUGUGUCGAGGGGAUCAAUAAACCCAUCAACUUCGGGACACACUCGUGACUUGAAUGAUGCAAUUCAUGUUCUACUUUUAAGUAAUAAAACCAGCAUGAAAUUCUAAUGAACAAAUCCCCCUGUCAUUUUAUAAGAUAAACCUCAGUAACAGUUAAAACAUUUAUUUGGUAGGUAUUUCAUCUGCUACGUGUGUCAAGUCUCAAAAUCAGACAUAAACAAAUGCAUGUGGUAUAUAAUUAAGAAUGCCUCUCCAUUCUUUUGUAUUACACUGCACAAACUUGCGGUGCGCGUGUCGAGAUAGCACUUCACUCUGAAGCCUGCAGCCUUGCUGGCUUGGCUGAAGUGGCUAUUGGAGGGUUUAAUUAGCCCCUACACACUUGAUAAUUUUCACUCCCUCAGCUUUGGGACACUUGCAAUGUGUCUGUUGGUGGAAAUAUGCUGCUGCUCACUCAGACAGCCCUGGUUGUAUUGCGUCCUGGUUGUCUGCCAUUACAGGAGAGGCUGCUGAUAGUAGGCCUGUUGCUGCUGUGGGGCCUGGUGCGAUGUGCAUAUGGCGGAGGACCAAGGAGAAGGGCGUGAUUUGGGAUUCAGCCUAUGGCUGUCCAUACCUGUAGGCCUAUAUAAUUUAUCUUAUCCAUAGUUGGUUAUAUGGGUACAAUCAGUCCACCAUUAAUUUUGAUAAUUUGACUAAUGAAAACCCUCAUCAGUCUGUCAAUUGUAACUUGGUAAAAGUCUGACAUUGUAACUUUGUAGAAGAAGCAAUGUAGCAUCAUAUAAUGACUCUUUCUCCUCCCUCACUUCACCUGUCCCUCACCCUCUCUCUCUCCCUCUCUCAUCCCCACCCCUCACUCACACUCUCUCUCUCUCUCUUUCUUUCUUUUUUUCUUUCUUUGCAGGAGAAGAUGGAUAGAGCGCUGUAUCUGCUCCAGAAUACUGACCCUGCUGAUGCAGCACCUGACUGCCCAGAGCUGGUCCAACUGGAGGGUAUAAAACAAUGACUUACUGCUCUUUUAAAUCCCAUGCACAUUGACACUGCAGUUGUCUUGACUAUAUACGAACACAUAAAUACACACACACACACACAUUGCAGUUGGCUUGACUACACCACUACACUCACACUGUUUUUGUCUGUUUAGCCUAACUUUAUCAAUGCUUUACCCUCUCAGGAGCUUGUGAGCAGAUGAAUCCAAUGAUUGAUGACAAGCUGGAAGACAUUGACAGGUAAAGUGAAUUUAACUGCAGUAUACUUACUCAUAAUGGACUAUAUUUUCAAUAGUAUAUUAGAGGCUAUACUGCAGUGUUUGCAUGACACCGUUUAUUUCUGUUGGUUAGGCCAGAGUACAUAGUUAUGAACAUUUUGAUUUAGUCAUACUUGCUUUAUAUUGACUAUCUGGAUGAGUACCAGGGAUCAUCACCUGGACAGAACCCAAGAGUCUUUGUCCUACAAGUGUCGUGAUGACCUCUUCUCUUUUCUCUCCAACGUAUUGCGGUUCUCUCUGUCUCUCUCUCUCUCUGUCUGUCUGUCUGUCUGGUCUGGUCUGGUCUGGUCUGGUCUGGUCUGGUCUGGUCUGGUCUUGGCUGGUCUUGUCUGGUCUUGUCUGGUCUUGUCUUGUCUUUCUUUCUCCACCCCUCCUCCUCUCUGUCCCUCUCCUCUCUCACUCUCCCCUCUCCCUCCCUCCCUGGCAGGCAACACUCUGAGCUGUCUGAGCUGAAUGUGAAGGUGCUGGAGGCCUUGGAGCUCUAUAACAAACUGAUGAACGAGGCACCAUUCUACACAGCCUACUCCAAACUGCAGCCCCAGCAGCAGCCCCACUAUGCACCUGCCUCCCAACUCCCCAUGCAGGUCAGUUAGGAGAAACAAACAAACCACUGUGACAUACUUUCUGUUUAGGUCACCACCUUGUACAUCCCCAACCUGGUGGCCUCAGUGGAGGUAGGGACACUAUGCCAGUGUCCAUAAUGGCACCCUAUUCAUAUGGUGGGCUCUGGUAAAAAAGUAGUGGACUAUGUAGGCAAUGGGAUGCCAUUUCAGACGCAGACCUUGUGUGACCUUGUGUGUUUUGUCUGCUGUGCAGUUUGUCUCUGAUGAUGGAUGUCAGUGUCAGUGGUCAUGCUUGGACUCUUUUACCUCCUUGUCACUUUCUACACAGCUCUGCAAACCCAUUUUAGAAACUAGCUGUCCCUUGCUGUGUACUUUCCUGCACCUGUAGUAAUGUAUUUUUUUGCCAAUGCAUGCUGUAUUUUAGUGGAAUAAAUCAGUGUACAGUGUACUAUGAAAUAUUUUAUCAAAUUUCAUAUUGAACCUGGUCUCUUUCUCUCUCCCCUCCCGCUCUCAGGGUUACCCAGGCCAGGCUGGUGGUUCCUACAUGCCUCCAGGGAUGCCCCAGGGCCCCCCAGCCCAGCAGGCCUACAUGGGCUCUGACCAGCCCGGACCCCUUCAGUCACUCCCCCCUAACGUCACAUCUCCCAACGGUCAGCCAGCACAGCUUCCUUACAGGUAGGCAUCUCCUCAGUAUACCAGCCCUGGACCAUGAGACACCGGACUAGGCAACUAGCUAGCUUAGCGGCAGCCAUUUUGUGUUUAUAUGUUUGUUUUGAGACAUCCCACAAGAGGAUUGUGAGUUAUGUUUUUUGAGGGGCAUUGCUCCUGUGUUAAGAGGAUUAAAUGUCUGCCUUUAUGCUUGCGGUAGGUGGCAAAUAUUGUACCAUUCUGUCUCUUCACUGCAGUGCUCCAUAUGCACCUGCCGGUUACCCACCACCGAUGGGUUUGGCCCCACAGAUGGACAUGUCGGCCUAUCAGAACUGCAACCUGCCGCCAGCCUCCUAUCAAAUGGCUGCUUCAUCACACCAGGCCCCACAGCAGCAACAGGCCUACUAUCAGCAGCCUCUCCUGUAAAGGCAGACAGUGCAAUACAACCAGGGCUGUCUGAGUGAGCAGCAGCAUAUCCCCACCAACAGAAACAGUACAACAACAC